UUAUUCCCACCCCCCCCACUCUCUCUCUCUCCGUCUUAACUACCGCCGUUGGAAUAGAAUCCACACAAAAAGUCUGUUUCCCCGAAAGUGAUGACGUCACUUUCCUAAAAAGAUCAUCUCAUGUGAUGUGAGCGACCACGAAUUCAAUGGAGAGAGAUAGAGAUAGUUAGAGAGAGCAGCUUACCUGUAUUGUCUUCCUCAUAAAAGUUCCCAAGCAGUAUCCGCCGAACCUCAUCAUCAAAGCAAUGCCGUUGACGAGAUACCAAUCUCGUAACGAGUACGGAUUAGCGGAUCCGGAUCUCUAUCAAUCCGCGGAUAAGGAUGACCCCGAAGCUCUCCUCGAAGGCGUCGCCAUGGCUGGUCUCGUUGGCGUAUUUCGUCAACUCGGUGAUCUCGCCGAGUUUGCUGCUGAGAUGUUCCAUGAUUUGCACGAAGAAGUAAUGGCCACUGCUACGAGAAGCCAUGGUCUAGUGGCUCGUGUUCAGCAGCUCGAAGUUGAGGUCCCUUUCGUUGAGAAGGCGUUACUGUGCCAGACGGAUCAUUCACCGCUGUUUUCUAACAAAAGCGAACUCUGUGACUCUAUCUCAGGUGUGGAAUGGCAUCCGAAUCUACAAUUGGAACAGAGUGUGGUCACACGUGGUGACUUACCUCGCUGUGUGAUGAAUUCUUAUGAGGAAUGUCGGGCUCCCCCAAGGCUGUUUCUUCUAGACAAGUUUGAUAUUUCGGGAGCUGGGGCGUGCUUGAAACGCUACACUGAUCCAUCGUUUGUUAGGCAAGAAACAUCGUCAUAUGAAGCAUCAUGGGAUGAUAUUCAGAGAGAAAAGAAAUUACAGAAAGCAAAGAGGAGAGCAUCUCAUUUGAGGAAUGGAGGAACACCCGAAAAUGCACUAAGAUCACAUGCCAAAUUGCAUGAAUUAUUUAUGGAGGAGCACUUAGAGACUCAAUUUUCAGAUCCAGCGCGAGUUGUAAAGCUGAAAACUAGAAAGCUGGAUGGAUGUUCUCUUAUUUCAAAAUCAGGGGAAAGUUACAUGGGGAAAUUUGUACAGACAUAUGUCGAUAACAAAGCUGGUUAUGAAAGAAUUGACCGGGACCAGCCGGAAUUGUUGACAUGGAAUACAGAUAGUGCUAGAGAUGUAGUAGCCAGUAUACCUGAGAUCAGUAUGGUGGAUGGUCCAGAAAACUCUCGCAGAGAAAGCAGAUCAGAUGUUUCUUUGCCAAGUGAGCAGGAAACUGUGGGUUAUACUGAAAAAGACAUAGAGACUGUACCUGAAUCUAUUCACAAUGGGUUCCCUGGUGCGACUUUUACAAAGGAUUCACAAUCUAAUUUGAAUGGAAAGCAAGGAUUUCUUCAAUAUAGGAGUUAUUCUGAAGAUUUAACCAGUGAGGCUGAAAAUUAUGUGGAUGCACAAGCCACCAUGGAGUCGGAAGCAGAAACAGGCGAUGAGUGUAGUAGAACUAAGAAUGGAUCAGGUGCUCUGAAAGAUGGAAAUCAUCAUAGAUAUUCUGAUGUGGAUGAAGUGAAGAUGGAGGACCAACCUCAGUUUUCAUCUUUUCAUUCAGUUGGAAACACACAGGUGAGAGAAAAUGGGCAAGGCUCUGUUGGUAAACGGAGCACCAGUUUUUCUUACUCGGACACUGCAAGCGUAUCCAUUGAUGAUCACUCUGAUGAAGAGAAAUGUUAUGGGCGUUUGCCUUCUACUUCUAGUGUUAAGAGUGAGCUUGUUGAUUCCAUGUCUCACGCAUCUCCUGAAGCCAACAACAUGUCUCAUGAUUUUAAUGUUCAGGAAUCUGUUGGUAGCUUCAACGCAGAUGGCCAGACAUCAUUUAUUUCGAAUGAUUCAUGUUCCAGUCCAAGGUUAAUCUCUCAGAAUGCCGAAUCAUGUUCACUGACCCUUCAACCUUUAGCACCAGAAGUCGUUGAACCAUCUUCAGAAGUGGUUAGACGUUCUCUGAUUAACGGAGGCAAUGAUGGAAACAAGGUGGAUCCAAUCAAUUCUUCAAUAUCUGGUGCUUCGUUUGAUGUAAAAAACUCUAACUUCCCUUCUGAAGCUUCGUCAUUUAGUUCAACUUCUGAAGCAAGCAGAUACGAUAAGACCAUUGACAAGAACUUGAAAUCAGGCACUGGUCCUCAAGUGCUUUUUGAUAGUCAGGGUGAACAGCUACCUCUCGCUAAUGAUGAUGAUGAUGAUGUUGAGACAAACUCAGAAGAUAUACUUAAUGAUGAAACCGAUUGCGGUACACUGACUAAUGCAGUUGCCAGCGUUGAUCCUCGAAGCUCAAUUGCUGAGAUCUCAAAUGAACAGUCAUGUGCAUUUGGCACCACUGUGGAUGUAUCUGUACUAGAGUCCCAUGAAGACACACUGGAGAAUGGAAUGCACAUGCCUGCUGACCUUGAUAGUAAAUUUACUUCUGAUUUUUACUCAGGAGGAGAGAAAUCAGUGGGGGAUGCUUCACCUACUUGUAGCAAAAGCGAUGAACAGAUCUCUAAUAUACCUGCUGAAUUUCAUUCCAGUUAUACGCAUAAUGAAGGCUUUCAUGAACUUCCAUGGCUGGACAACACAGCGACAUACAUUGUACCGAAAGAAGACCUUGCCGUGUCUGAUAAUCACGCUAUUUCCAGUGAUGAUGUUAACGAGACUUUUAGCCUAUCAUCUCCUACUUUGAUUGGUUCUCUGCCUUGGAUAUCGACCAAUACUUCGAAAUCGUCUUCCGAAGCUGGGGAGAUUUUCCAUGAUACAGCUGUGGAGUCUAGUGGGACACUAAUAGCAGAAAAUAAAAUCCAGAAAAUCCCACUGGAACUAUCUUCAGAAGGUCUGGGUACUUUCCUAGACAAUAAUGACCUGGAAAAUAGUGAAUCAUUAAGUCCCAUGACAUCUCUGGAUCGAAGUGACAGAGACACAGAAACCAAAUCUCCAUGUAAGAGCAUUCUUGAUGAAAAUCGCACAGAUUCUUCAACAGUGAAUAGUCCGAACCUUUUAGAAAGUUUGACUAUCGAGCAGUCAGUUAAAGUGCAGACACCUUGUGCAAGCCAUGCAUUAGAAGAUGAUGCAUCGAUGCAGUCAAGUGCUUCAAGGGAAUUAGAGUUUGUACCACAAUCAGAAGGCCUAGAAUUGAACAGUCCUAAGCAAGAGUUGAAUGUGGAUCCUCUUUUCCCUAGCUUUUGUUUGAUCCCUGAGACUAUUCCACCCAAUCAGGAAGACAUGCCACCACUGCCGCCCCUUCCUCCUAUGCAAUGGCGUAUUGGGAAGGCUCCACAUUCAUUUAUUCCCACCUUCAUGGGAGAAUCAGGCGAAGCCAGUAGUUCUGCUCAGUCAGCUACAUCACCCAUUGGUUCUGGCUUGAAUAUUCAAACUGGGUCUAAAACAUCAGAGCUGUCUGUAUCACUAGGAACUGACAGAUCAGAACAAUUUCCUGGAGAGUUUGUGACCAACGCAUCAGAAGAGCCGUUGCAAUCAUCCAUUGCCACUGAUUUGAAAAGCCAAGACGACAGUUAUGGUUCUCAUAGAACUCAGCAAGCAGAUCUUUCUGCUAGGCUUAUAGAGGAUUUUGGUUAUGAAGAGAACAAUCUUUUGGCUGACCAUGCUGCUCAGAACCAGGAGCUCGUUCAUUUACAAGACUCGUCAUUGCAACUGCCUCAGGAUCCAUCAGCUAGAAACGAAGAUUACGAGAAUGAUACAGAUGUGCAUGUUUCAGAAAGCUCAAGUUGUCCUGAAACAAAAGCGUUGACACCAACUCAUUCAACAAAGGUAGAAGAUAAUGUUGAUUCUAUUCCUGAUGCGCCAGAUGCAGAAACAGCAGAACCAUCAAACUUGUCGGUUCAGAAGAUAGUUCCUGCUUCAGUGGGAGAUGCGAUGUGGCCUGUCAGCGCAUUCACUGUUGCACCUACCUUAGACAAAGAUAAGCUAGAAGAGGUCCCUAUGAUUAAGCUUCCUCGUCCAAGAAGUCCGCUUGUCGAUGCCGUAGCAGCCCAUGACAGACGCUCGCUGAAAAAAGUCUCUGAGAGGGUUCAACCACCAAUCAAAUCAAAGCAAGAUGACAAUGAUUCAUUGCUUGCACAAAUACGAAAAAGGUAUCACACAUUUCUAAAGCCUGCGGUAACGACAAGACCAAACAUUCAAACCGGUCCGAAAACGAACUUAAGGGUAGCUGCAAUUUUAGAGAAAGCAAACACAAUACGCCAGGCAAUGGCUGGAAGUGACGAGGAUGAAGAUUCAGAUAGUUGGAGUGAUUCUUGAAUCAUUGGGUACUACACAGUUUUAACUUUUUCCGUUGUGUUGGUUCUUGUCUCAUGAUGAGUGCACAAGCACUUGAGUCAGGUUAGGUUAUACGAUUUUCUAGUUCAGACAUAACAUCAAAUGUCAUCCCUUAUAUAUGUAUGUAUAUUGUCUUUUACCAGAAAAAAAGAAAGAAAUAUAUGUAUAUUGUAUAACUGUUUUGCUUAUAGGAGUGUAUGUUGUAAGUAAUUUCCGCAACUUGUACGUAUGUUGUGUUUUUUAGCUAUUCUUUUUGCUACAGAAGAACAUACUUCUGUUGAACUUGCCUGCACAAUUGGUGUAUACUGUUUU